CGGCCUUAUCAGUCAAGAUUUCAAGUACGCUGGGUUAAAAAACAAAAAAAAAAAUACUUAAACUGCUUCGCUUGCAAUAGAAACACAUUAUAAUUUGUUAUCUAUAGCCGCCAACAUAUUUUAAACUGGUAUUUUAGUAAAAGUUCACUUUUUUGAAACAUGGAUGGGGAUUUGCUGAAAGGGCUUCAAGAUGCCCUUAAAGAGAACUCCGAGGGGGCUCCUGGAGAGGGUGAGGCAGGUGGCGAUCCAGCUGCUUCCAUAGACAAGUUUUUGGAAUCGAUUCAAAAUAUGGCAGGAAUGAGUGAGGAAGACAAGGAUAAGCUUAUACAAGGUUUAUCCGCGUUGACUGGGAAUAAAUUGCCGAUUGGGAAACCUAUAGAGGACCCCCGGUUGGAGUUUCUCGUCUUAUUUGGAACGAUUAGUUUAGUCAUUUUACUUCUUGCGUUAAUAGGGUACAAGCUGUACAAAAGCUCACUGGAUAAAGAGUUGCGAAGGGAACAAAAAAAGCUGCUUAAAGAACAAAAGAAGAAAAAAUAGAGAGUAAAUGCAUAUAAAAGUAUAUGUAAAGUUUUGUAAAUAUUUUAUAUUGAAAGUCUGAUAAUAUGCUAAUUUAGUUUUUAAUGUCUCGAUACAGCGCCCUACUGUUGUUUGUAUUUCAACGGGAUCAUUAUAUAUAGUGUGGUCAUCAAUCAAAUUUCAUGUUAAUAAUUUUUUUAUAUGGAACAUCCUGUGUAUGAUUUUCUUAAUACAGUAGAUACAAUUAAUCUUAUUUCUUGCUUUAUGAAUACAAUGUAUAAUUAUAUAACUUUUGCUAAGUAAAACCGUAAAUAAAA